AUGGCUUCUUUUCCACAACCAGACCAGCAAACGUCAGAUAAUUCGUCAAGGCGGCUUACCGUGGCCCCGUUUGGGUGGCAAUUCCUUAGUGAGCAAGAUGCUAGUCGAGAAAAUAUAGUCUCUCAAUCCACAUCCCCUGAUCGAAAUACUGUUGCAAGCAAGGAUGCUUCGACGCCGGGAGGACGAAAAUCGAGACGUCGGCGCGAGGUUGAAUAUACAUCCGCAAAUCAAGGAGAAUAUACAAGCUCACCCGAGCCAGUACCGAAUCAUCAAAUCCUACCUAGUCAGAACGAGGUCCCUACACCGAGAGCAAGUUCUCCUGAUAAUGAGAGACCAUCGCUGUUCUGGGGCUCCGAUCCUUCUUUUGGUCCAACAGGAUACAACCCCCAUCCUGAUACACCCACACACGAGUUCAUGGAGCACGAACUCACCGAGACGUAUUUCAACUUUGUCGACUUCAGCGUGGAGGAGUUUGACGCGGCAGACUCACACAAUGAUUCACCUGAGGCGGAAGUGGGCAAACAAAAGGUCGCGGCAAAUUUGGACGUGGUCCCUUCCUCCAGGCGGAGGUUACAGCAUAUCGUGUCUGAGCGCAACCGUCGCACGCAGCAAAGUAAGCUGUAUGAUGAAAUAUGCGAUCUUGUUCCAGGCGUGUCUAUUAACCGAUACACGAAGAGGGAGGUGCUGAUACGGACGGCGGAGUGGCUGGCAAAUAUGGCGGAAGGGAACCGAAACUUAAGGGAGCAAUUAGACACGCUGAAAGGUGCAUCUCCGUGA